AUGACGCUAGACAGCAGAUAUGGCGGAGAAGUCUAUGGUGGGUCCAAGGUUGUGAAGCGCAUGGAAAAAUAUCGUCCACAGAACGCUCCCAAGAAUAGGCAGAGAAAAUUACUCUUGCCCCUCUCCUACGGCAUUUCGUCCUCGACAUUGCUACAUAUUCUGAAUCUUCAACUAGAGCGGCAAAUUUCGAGCGGCUUAGGACGCCGCGCUUAUGACAUUCAUGUUCUUAACAUUGGAACUUGUGAACAAUCCGAUAGCCACCGACUAGGUUUAUUCCGUGAAGCUUAUCCUCUCCAUACGUACACCCAAGUGCCUUUACAUUCGAUAUUCAAGCAUGAUACUACCAUCAAGGAUGUAAUAUCAGAAUAUGGAGGGCCAGAGUUUGCAGAUGAUCCGUCAAAGACGGACCAAGAACGAUUGGACAUUUUUCGAUUGUCUCUCUCUACUGCGACCGCUAGAGCAGACAUUGAUGGGAUAUUGCUGACGAGACUAGUUGUUGCCAUUGCAAAGGAGCAGGACUGUGACGGCAUCUUAUGGGGAGACUCUGAUACUCGGCUCGCCUCAAAAGCUCUCUCAAAUGUAGCCAAGGGACGUGGUUUCUCUGUGCCAUGGGAUGUUUGUGAUGGCAUGUCGCCUUGGGGGAUCCAGUUCAAUUUCCCCAUGCGAGACCUCUUCAAAUUUGAAUUAUCUACCUACGCCUCAUUGGCGCUCCCAAAAUCGCUUAAUGUUGUCGACUCAGAACGUCCGUCUGUGGACAAUCUGUCUAAUAAGAACAUGUCGAUCGAAGACCUCCUUGCACACUAUGUGGAGACGCAGGGGCAAAAGUAUCCGGGUGUCAUGGCAAAUAUCGUUCGCACGAUUAACAAACUUCAACCCCAGUCCGCCGAUACUGAUCAUAAGUGCAUGUUAUGUGGCAUGCCGGUCGACUACAGCGGGGAGGACCCCGCAAUUAUUGGUGGUCAAGGAAGUUCUCAAUACACAUUACAGGAUUGGCGAGAGCGACCUGUGGCUGGCACCUUGUGCUAUGGAUGCGCAAGGACGCGGUUGGAUCUUGUGCCUCCAAGAUCUGUGUCAAGUUAG